GGACGGUUUCGCGUGGACUGGAGUGCUGAGAGUUCCUUAUCCGACCUCGCACUUUUGGGCAGUAGCACACGCAGUGGUUUGUCACAUCUCCUGAGUGUACCUUUCGAGGAGCUGGACCAUUACCUCGAGGUAAAUGUUGAGGACCCUGUCACCAUGUUGCCCAAAUCCAGAAGAGCUCUCACAAUUCAGGAGAUCGCAGCACUUGCCAGAUCCUCACUUCACGGUAUCUCUCAGGUGGUGAAGGAUCACGUGACGAAGCCAACGGCAAUGGCACAGGGACGAGUUGCUCACCUGAUUGAGUGGAAAGGAUGGUGCAAACCUACAGACGCUCCCAGUGCCCUCGAGUCUGACUUCAACUCCUACUCAGAUCUGUCCGAAGGCGAGCAGGAAGCCCGCUUCGCUGCUGGUGUGGCAGAACAGUUUGCCAUUGCUGAGGCAAAACUUCGUGCCUGGUCUUCAGUAGAUGGAGACGAAUCGAAUGAUGAUUCAUACGACGAGGACUUUCUGUCUGCUCAUGAGCCCACCACACAGAGUACAGAUCUCUCUUCGUACCCUCAUUAUCUGCGUGACCUCAUGCACACUCGAGUUUGCGAGGCUCGGCUGCGUGAGGCUGAAAGUGGCGUGGCUGUCGACCUUUCACCUUCAGCAGGGUUACCAGGGUCGCCGCCAGACACACUGGGGUCCAGCACAUGCAGCCUGGACGAGACACACCCACUGCUGCGUGACCUCAGUCGCUGUGGUGAUGACCUCACUGCUAAGAUCCUGGGUGCUCUGCAUGGCAGAGAGGACCUCCUACUUUUGGCACGCCUCCAGCGGGCAGGGCAAAGGCAGGGCCACUCAUUCUCUGAGACAUUUGAAGAUGAUGAUGCGCCUUCCAAAGACUGCAGGGGCGGGGCUUGGUGCACACCAGAAUAUUCUGCACGGAGGAAAGUUUCAGAUGUUGCUUCAUCCGGCGUUGUGUCACUCGAUGAGGAAGAUGAAGAAGAAGCAGAUGAAGAUGCAGAGGAGGAAAGAGAGCAGUGA